AAUAAUUCUGUAGCCAGUUUCAAUCCGCCGAUUUGAGCUCCAUCAUCCGUGCACCCCACCGCUCACGGCUCCAGCGGCACGGCUCGGCUCUCUCGAUCGAGCCCCCAACCUUGACGGCUCACUCACAUCGAUCAAUCAAUAGUUACAGAAAAAGCGAUCCCUAAUUUCUGUCCACAGUAACACCGAUACCCUGAUUCUUCGCCGGGCAGGAAGCACGAUGCGCAACCCACCGGAGACGCCGCCGCUCUGCCAUUGCUGCCCGAGAUCCCCUGAUUGCCGCAGCUUCCUCAAUGGCUUGCCAAUUUCACCAGACAAAACUCCAAUUCGUCCCCCACCAUCUUCUCCUUGCUGGAACCUCACUUCGUUGCCGCUGGAGACUCCCCAAUCCUCCACCGGUGACGACGCUGGUGAAUUCCAACUGCAUCCCUGCGGUUCCCCCACCUGAGACCCCCACCCUCCACCCCCCAUGCUGGCCUGUGCAAUCCGUCUAGAGAUUCCACCGGUGUGCCUGCUAGGGUGACCCGGCGAUCCAAAUCCAAGCCAGGAGAGGGACCCUGAGGAUCCGAGUAGUUGUUUACUUCCUUUUCUGAAGGAGAUGAGGCCCCCUCAGCAAAUGCAUGGGAGACUAAAAUCAUUCUCAGUAGAAACGUCACAAGGGAUUUGGUCCUUCGAUGUAAGUUCCGUCACUGGUGCUGGACGGCCACCCGCCGAUGCUGCUCAGCAGCCACAACCAUCAGCACGACCUCAACCACAAGUUCCUUGUGAUGCUAAUAUGGUGAAAACCAAGAACAUGCCUCCAACCAGGAGUGUGCACCAAUCUCACGCUGGCCCUAGCACUGGCAGGGAUCUCCAUGAAAGUGAUGAUGAUGAUGAUGCCUUCAUGGAACCCCCGCCAUGGCGUCGUGUGCUCAAGAAACAAUGCACCAAUGCAAAUGUAGCAGCCAAUGCAACUGCGAAGACUACCAAGACUCUAGUAAAGUAUGCUCAUGCUCCAACAGUUCGCUGCGCCCCUUCGACAUUCAACAAAUUUGUUGACAACUUGACCCUCAACCAGCGUAUAAAGAUCAUAGAGAUGGGUUUUGGUGGCCUCCUUGGUAUAUCUGCAGAGAGGAUAGGAAGCAGAGAACUAUUUAAGUUCUUGUUCGACAGGCUAGACCCCAACAGCAUGGUAAUCGAACUUGGCAAAAAUAGGGGAAUCCAUGUGACUCCCUUUGCUGUGAAGCAAGUGCUCGGCAUACCAGAUAGUGGUGAAGAUCUACCUCUACAAACAAACAACCAUGCAUCCAAGGCUCUGUCCAAACUCAAGAUUAUGUUGGGUCUUGAAGAAUCCCAGGACCUUCACGCGAGCCAUCGCCAAAAGAUCUUGAAGGAUGAUUUAGAGCUGUGCUCUAAUUUGAUUGAUGAUGAAACGGCAAUAAGAUUUUUCUGUAUCAUUGCUUCUAACAAGCUCCUGUUUCCUAGCACAGAUAACAACAUCAGAUGCAAGGAUAUUUACCUGACUAGGGACUUGUCUCGUUUAUCGGAUAUGAACUGGUGCAAGGCGGUUGUGGAUGACCUUAGACAUGCUGCUCAUGCAUAUCAUAUUGAUAAGACAAAGAAAGGGACACCAUCGCUCCCUGGAUGUGCUAUAUUACUGAUUAUACUGUAUUUGGAUAACCUACAAUGCAAACACCAGAUCGAACACAUGAACACUCCUCGUGCAAAGUACUUCGAUCAAAAUGUUAUACAAAAGAUCACUUCUGCUGAUAGGACCAAGGACCAACAAGGGAAGGCUAUGUUUGGGCUAUUACUGCUUAAGAGUAGCAACAAUACUUGCUACUAUACGACCCAUCACCCAUUUUCAGAUGUGCCAGCAAACAAUGAACCAUUGGCUGCAUCUUAUUUCCCAAGUGUACUCGCAGAACUGGGUGAAUUUGUUGAUCAGAUUGAUAGCAGGACAAGGCAGUCGCAGGCAAGGGCAGCCCUGGCAAAGUUUGAUGCCAAAUCCAAGAAAGCGUCAAGCUAUAUGAACACGGGGGCAACUGAUAUUACAGAAUGCACACCAGGAAGUUAUACGAAAUCUGCGGGCAAUUUUGCAGGACAAGGCGCAUGGCAACAUUGGUCAAGACCAUCAUCAUCAACCCAACACUUCUGAUACAGCUCAAGCCGAUGAUGUCAGCAUGCAUGGUAGCCGUAAUGGUCAUAACAUGGGAUCUGAACAUGUAUUUGACAAAGAGGUUCCAUAUGAAACAAGGGGAAAUGAGUUGCAUUCUGGUGGCCACCCUAAUCAAGAUAGGCCUUUGCAGUUCGCACAAAAUGGGGCACGAGAACCAGAUCUACCAAACCAUGCAACUCUGCACCAUACCCAUGAUGAAACUUUCCCUCAGACUGAUAAUGUACAUUGUGAUAAGGACAUGGAAGGUGAACCUUCACUAGUUUCCUCUCAGGUGCAUGUUCACACAGGUCUGACUAGUGAUCACGUACUACCUCCUGACGUGGCUGAAGGAGACACAACAGCAGCCUUACCAAUUACUACUAUCUCAAGACGGUGAUGUUUAUAUGCAUGAUACUCACACUGGGCACAAUAUGGGAUUUGAACAUGAGUUUGACAUGCCAAUUCAAUUAGAAACAAGGGCAAAUGAAUUGCAUUCUGGUGACCACACCAACCAAGACAUCAACCACGCCACACCUACGCAGUUGGAACAGCACAUGGCCCUAGAAUCAGGGAUCCCAAUCCCUGUAGCACAGCACAAUAGCCAUGACGAUAGUUUCCCUCGUUUUGAUAAUCACAAUAUAGAGGAUGAUAAGGAAAUUGAAGACGAACCUUCACCUAUCUGUUCUCAGGUUCCCAUAAAUGUAACCAUUGAUCAACUCGUGCCUCCUAUUGCAGCUGAAGGAGCUACUGGCCCAGACAUUGCUGGCAUUGCAGGAAGCCAUCAUAAUGCUGAUGCUGCAACCUCAAACUAUAGUGUGACUAUACCAACACCAGGUGUUGUUUUGGACACCGACGAUCCAGAACCAUAUCAGAUGGAAGCAACUGAUAUGGCAACUGACGACCCCCUAGGCCUUGUUCUUUUCCAUCCUUGCACUCAAAACGAGCCCAUCCAGUGUCCAUCAAUUGUUCCUAGACCACAAUGCCUUACCAAACGCCUAGCCAUGUACGUGUCACCUUUUAAAGGUGAUCCACAACGAGCAAAAGUUCCUAUGUCAAAAGCACUUGCUGUAAGGAAGAAGUUCCACCCUCGAUUAAAGUGUUUAAGUGAUGUGUUCAUCUGCUACGGUCUGAAAGAAUUCAAUGGAGAAGAAAUAUUCGAAUCGUUCAUUGAUGACGAAUGGCUUUCAACCAAAUUCAUGUCCUACUUUGUUGCUUGCUUGAGCCAUGAUGAAUCAAUCCACAUGGCUGAGGGUGCUGGAUACAUGGUCUUCCUAUCUCCAGAGAUUGGACAAGAAUAUGUAAAUAUAGAGGAAGAUGAGGAUUUUUCCCAGUGGGAUUCUCCACCGGCCCUAGCCAUUUUACAGCGUGACAUUAUGCACGUCGACCCAACCAAAGUAAAGCUUUUCUUUUUGCCAGUGAUGGAGGGGGACCACUAUAGUGUCUACUGCAUCAAUUUCAUUCACGAUCGGAUAGAUGUACUUGAUUAUAGUCCAGAAGACCACACAAUUUAUCAUAAUGUUCUCGGUGACCGGAUCAUUCGAAGGCUUAAUCUCCUAUUCCGGCUGGCCACGGAUUAUAGAGUCAAGCAGUUUACUCGAUUCAAGCGCCCAAUAAUUGACGUAUGUAUGCACUCACACAAGAACGAUUGUGGAUUCUUUACAAUCAAGUCCAUGGAGCUUUGGAAUGGUGAAUCUUUCCAUGUUCCCAUCCUCACGGCAAACGGACGUCUGUAUAGGUCUGAGCUCUUAUUCUACGGCCUCUACCAUCCACUGAACACUAUCAAGAAGCUCCUUGCUGGACUAGAACCAUACAGGCCUCGUCUGUGACCCUCCUGUCUCCUCCAAAUUAUCGUCAAAAUAUGUGUGCAAGUGAACAAGUCUGUUAUCAAUUUUUUCCCACUAGGACAAGACUGAGUUGUCCCAGGGUUGUCAGUUACUGUAUUGGAGUAAUUAUAGUUAUCUAUAAAAAAAAUUCUAGAAUACUAUGCCCAUAUCUAUGGCAUGGAAAUACUACUUUUCAAUGUUAAUUAUCAUGAUUCUGUACCAAUCUACUACCUUGUAUUAUAAGUUACUGCAAUAAGAUGCCUAAUUACCAUAACUUAGUCA